AGAUAGAACCUAGAAGUAGCAACAGCCUUUGUUGUCUGGAAAGCUAGCAGGAGAAUUAUGCACUCUUUAGUACGACGUGGUCUACGAAACAACUAUGUUGCGCAUUUUCCUAAGUAGGAAUUAUCGCAGGAAUUAUGUGAAGUGUCGCACAACAUCAGAUUUUGGUUUUUCUGAUUUCCUUCCAAGUCUUCGGUUAUUUCGGUCAUUUCCGAUUGGUACUUCUAAUAUCAAACUUUGUUCACAUCAACCAAGAUCACUUGGUCGCGCUUGUACUCGGUCAACUACAUUGGACCACCUGGUCCAUUGCGGAGGUCGUGCUCGAAAUUCUUGUAAACCGAAUAAAGUUACCUCGCUCACUGCGGUCUUGGCCUGCGUUGGGCUGUAUCUGCUUGAAACGAAGAAAGAUGGUCGAGGGGGACGAGGCCCGACACGAGGAGACUCCCUGCGCGAGCGCUGUGCCAAGUUGGUUUACUGGAACUGGUCGUCUUGGCAGUUCCAGCCCUACGCCGGGUACUAUUUCAACCUCCAGAAAACAAGCCGGGGUCGAAGCAAGAAAGAGCUUGAAGUUGUGCCCGCCUGCUCGUGCUCCCGACGGCACUUUAAUGAUUGGUGUCGUCAAGCUAGAAGUUUUUCCUCUAUUUCGUCCCCACGAGGACCACGACCUAGCUGCCGCUCAAAAAGGACCUCGUGGAACGGGCGGACCCCUAACGGGUCGCGGUUUGUGUGCUGUGAAGAGAAGAGCAGCAAACCAGGAGAAGAUCUUUAUGACAAGAGGACAGACUACUCAUCACCGCCAUCCUCCACCCCGCCAGAGACCUCUACCGCUAAGAAGCAGUUCCUCCGAAGAACCCGCAGUGGUCCUUCCGACUCCGUUUUCGUUUCUCGGAAAUCAACAACGCUGUUUGCCCAUGAGCCGGAGAAUGUUCAGCUUCCCACCCGGACGGUUAGUAAAGUCGCGUCCCUGUCGAUCACGGAAAUUUCGGAUGGGGAUGACGAGGAAGGGGAGGACGCGGACGAUGACCAACAUCCAGUGGGGUAUAAAAGGCGAGAAACCAUUGUGUCCUCAUCCUCCACCGAAGGCGUAGUUGAUACAGAGCAGGAGCGCCGCGGCCGAAAACACGAGGACGCGGGGGCGAACAUAAAUGAUCGCAAAAUAAACACGACGACCCUCCUCCACUACGAGUACCAGGGUGACUGCGCCUCAUGCAGGUGGCUGAGGUUGGGCUCGGGGUCUGAUCUAGAGGCGGUUACCGACCCCCCGCCACCUUUCUCUCGGAAGUUGUGUCCGAUGGACGGCGCAACUAACGUGUGGGUGGCUCUGUUCGCUCGGGCUAUGCAAUAAGGGUUUCCCUUCACUCAUACUAGCUUCGUCUCCGUGUUGGGCAUUCGGGCCAAAUGCAAGUCGAAGGGGUAGCUUCAACUCGGGAACUUCUUUGUUCAGGUGCCUCACGUAGGCAGGAGAUAGGAUCAGCCUGGGUUUGACAACCAGCCGACCGCACUGUAGGCUUGGUGCUCGCUGGAUCAGUGCACGGAAGGAAGCUUCCGAGCCCUCACUCGGACUCGGAAUGGGUGCUGAUGCUCAUCAUUGAUAGAGGCUGUCACUAUGUGUGGCUUGCUCCCUUUGGGGUGCGCCAUCCACGUUUCAAGAGGGGGAUAGCAGGUUGGCUACAGUUACAGAAUAAGGAAGCUGGCAGGCGGCCACGCCACUUCUAAAGCACUCGAGGGCGGGUUUCCCGGGGAUGCCUGCAUGUCGGUCUGGGGCGGGCUACGAAGGCCGCUCCCGGCGCCCGCCGAAUCUUUUCGCAGCAGUGGUCGGCGCGGUGUUGCACUAUGCAGGAAGUGGCGCUUUCGCUUUCUCUUUUCCCAUUUUUGGUUUCGGUGGGUAAGGGGAGCGCGUCACUAUUCUUUUCGCGGACGGGGUUCUGGGCAGUCCAUGGUGGCUUCGGUUGGUUCAGAUUGAUAGGACGAUAGGAACGAAGCGAAAUACGGAUGCACCUCGGUGCAUCAUUUUCGAGUAAGUGACGGAAAGGACGAGACUCCUAAGGAAAGGGCUAGCAGAUCCCUGGUAAGCUAAUGCAAGGUGGCACGACUGGAGCCGCAAGUGAGGCGGGGGUCGUGCCAAGGUUGAUUUUUUCUUUCGAUCCCACCCACCCACCCGGUGCGCUGUUUCCUCGUGCCCACGUGGUAUUCGUGGUGACAGAGGACACAUCUUGGGAGGGGCCUUGAGGCAUCCCUGCAGGCUGUCUCUACGGUGAGGGACCGAGACGCCCUUGCCCUCUCUCCUCCGUUCACGCCAUCGAGCGUGUCGGGUGGUUGGUUCAGAUUGAUAGGACGAUCGGAACGAAGCGAAAAUAAAUCGCAAAAACACGACGACCCUCCUCCACUACGAGUACCAGGGUGACCAGCGGUUUCUGUCCGUGGUCGUGUGGUUAUAACAGUGCACAACUCCCCCUCCCCCUCAUUUGUGUAGCAUGAACGGCAGUACAAGCAUCAGCAAGAGUGCCGGUUUUGCAUAACAGAUUUGCACUGGAGUAUAGUGCUAUUGGGGCUACCAGAGAUUGUCAUGCAAACAGUGCCAAGAGGCAAAGGGUGGAUUGGGUAUUUUGCAUGACAAAUGAGGGGGAGGGGGAGUUGUGCACUCCCGUAGUGGUGGGUCGUGAUCGGGGGCUGGCUACUCGCGUCUCUGGUGCCCUUCUACCUGUUCUUUGAGCUCUCCGGCGCGGUCUUGCAACUGCUGUUGCGGGAGUUAGUGGAAACGCUUUUCGGGUACAACGAAGGGAUGGAAAGUGCUGCCGGCGGGACAACCAGAAGUGGGAGCAGUUGGGUGAAUUCCGUGAAAGAUCUCCUCCGUUGGCUCAUCACGCACACUGUUUUGCGGAAAGGGGCAACAUCUUCGACAUCAAGUGCCGGAUCUUCUUCAUCUCUUCUAACUACCCGGCAAACGGACAUGCUCGAUAUCCCCCCCACCCGUCCCACCGAAGUGCUAGAACUCGACCCCGAAGGGGGUUCGUAUUCGCCCGAAUUAACCGCGGUUUUGGUCUCCUUUGCGAAAAAUCUUCUCUACCACGGAGCCGGGCCGGUCCUGCUGCAGAUCUACCACCACCUGCCGACGGCGAGUCAGUCGGUUUGGAAGAAGAAUAUCAUCUACCCGAUGCGGGAAUUCAUGUGGCGGAAGUUGCUGAAUUGGUUCCCGAAGGUGGAAAUCACCAUGCCGAAAAGCCUCCUGAUCGGAAGAACGACAACAUCGGACAACCAGGAUCAUUUUGAGGAAGAUGAUUACGAAGAAGAAGAUCACCAGGAGCGCGAUAAAUUAAAUCCGAAAAAUAAGUCCAACCGUCUCUACUUGAUACACCCCCACGGCUGUCUGUGCGUCGGAUUUCUCGUCUUUAAAGCCCACUUGGAGCUGCAGAAAGUCGAGCAGGGGAGCAGCAGCUCCCUCUCGUUAUUAGUCGCACCCUUCUUGACGAAAUUCGGCGGGCCGGUGAUUUCGCUGCUGCCCCGGUUCGCCGGGCUCGACGUCCAGCCCGCGAGCAGUAAGUUUUUCCGGGAACGGGAAAGGAUAAAGAAGGUCGACGGAGCUAGCGACUUAUUGAAGCCGAUCGCGAUCCUGCCGGGGGGAUUUGAGGAGAUCGGGCUGAACAGUAGCGAAAUUUACUUCAAGAAGCGGAAAAGAAUCAUAAAACUGGCACUGGAAUCGGGGUUGGAAAUUGUGCCGGUCUACUGCGACGGCGAGGUUUGGGACAAAAGCUUACCAUAUGGAGGUGCAUAAAUGCAACUAUGUUACCCGCCGUCCCGUGGUGGACACUCAUUGUUGUUUCACGCGAAAUCAAGAACGUGGCUCUAGGCUGGGAAUUAUAGGCGUAUAUAUACACCCUAAGUAAAGUCGAAGUUGUCGUGUCAGCUUCGCUCUUGUCCAAUUGCUUCUUGUGCUUAUGCCAGACAAGUUUGUAGUAGCCAUCAAGUUCAAGGGUGGACCAUAGUUGCGUGGCAUAAACAAGAUCCGGAUGUUGAAAUCUCCAGCAGCAAUCCAGUCUCUCCCUACAAGGGCUGCUACUACCAACUCUCCCCCUUCAAAACCUACUUUCCGACGCUGAACAGCUUUCUCGCUCGAAAACAAAUCCCGACGGCUGGUUUUUUCAGCUCCUUUUUCCCUGCGCCGAACCCCGUGGAAAGGCUGAAGAUCGCGAUCGGGGAACCCAUUCGUCUACCGGACCCGGCGACGUUGGCAAAAGACGGGAAUGGAAGGGUGAAAAGAGAAGUGGUGGAUUACUGGCAUUCGCUUUACGUGGAGCGAUUACAGGAGUUAGUACGGAAAAAUAAGCUGUGCGCGUCAAACGGGCAUCAGUUGACGAUACUUUGAUAUUAAAGGGUGAAGUUUUUUAAUGUAGUAGUUUGUUGACGCGCAGGAUUGAUGAGUUGUGAUCGCAUGUUAGCAUGUUAGCAUAAGUUGUACCCCUCCAGCAUUUCGGUAAUGAUUUUUCGUAUUCUAUGUAGGGAUUCUUCUUGUUCGGGGGUGAUUUGAUUUGCGUUGGGAUUUCAGGACUACUUCGGUCUGCUCAAGGUGUUGCUAUUAGACGAAAGUUCAGCCAAAGCCAUGGAUUGUUGAUGAUGUUGGACAAGAUCAUGACUUGAUCAGAUCGCAUGCCUGGAUCGAAAACCCGGCGGUCUAAAAUUGCGCGAUGAUCUGAACUUUCUCCACUGUAGUGCUGUGCGCCGGUAGGUGGUAGUUGCGAUUAUAUCGAUGUGGACCCACUGCACUUCUCCC